AGGCCCGGGCAGCGCAGUCUGCUGCUGCCGCCGCCGCCCGUCCUCGCGGACAAGCCCGGACACCAUGGCCCGAGAAGAGUGACCCCAUCCCCUGUUUCCACAAUGGAGGACUCGGGAAAGACGUUCAGCUCUGAGGAGGAAGAAACAAACUACUGGAAAGAUCUGGCCAUGACCUACAAGCAGAGGGCCGAGAACACGCAGGAGGAGCUCCGCGAAUUCCAGGAGGGAAGCCGGGAGUACGAAGCCGAGUUGGAGACGCAGCUGCAACAGAUUGAAACCAGGAACAGGGACCUCCUGUCAGAAAACAAUCGCCUUCGCCUGGAGCUGGAAACCAUCAAGGACAAGUUUGAAACGCAGCACUCGGAAGGCUACCGGCAGAUCUCAGCCUUAGAGGAUGACCUCGCCCAGACCAAGGCGAUUAAGGAUCAGCUUCAGAAAUACAUCAGGGAGCUGGAGCAAGCAAACGACGACUUGGAAAGAGCAAAACGGGCCACAAUCAUGUCUCUGGAAGACUUUGAGCAGCGUUUGAAUCAAGCCAUCGAAAGAAAUGCCUUCCUGGAGAGUGAACUUGAUGAGAAGGAGAAUCUUCUAGAAUCUGUUCAGCGACUGAAAGAUGAAGCCAGAGAUUUGCGGCAGGAAUUGGCUGUACAGCAGAAGCAGGAGAAACCCAGGACGCCCAUGCCCAGCGCCGUGCAGGCCGACAGGACAGACAUGGCCGUGCAGGCCACUGGCUCCGUGCCGUCCACCCCUGUAGCUCAUCGGGGACCCAGCGCCGGCUUAAACACCCCGGGGACCUUCAGACGUGGUCCGGAUGACUCCACGAGCGGGACCCCCCUCACACCCGCAGCCCGGAUAUCAGCCCUCAACAUCGUGGGAGAUCUGCUGCGCAAAGUAGGGGCACUGGAGUCCAAACUUGCAUCCUGCCGGAACUUUGUGUACGAUCAGUCCCCAAACCGAACAAGCGGCCCAGCCCCGGGGCGAGGGGGCAAAUACAGAGACGGCGGCGAGAGACAGCCAGGCAGCACCGGCGUGCCUCUAGGUGACAAAGGGUUGGGAAAACGACUGGAAUUUGGGAAGCCGCCUUCAAAUACUUCCUCGCCGUCGCUGCCGUCAGCCCAGGGUGUAGUCAAGAUGUUGCUUUAGGAAACCCACGGAAGCCGAAGCCCCUCGUGUGUCUGUGCGGGAGUCGUUACUUUUCUUUCCCUUCUUCUACUAGGUUUUUGCUUUUUGUAAGUUAGUUUGAGAAAUAUGAGCAAGCAGUCACACUGGCCACCGAGGCCGUCGCCUGUGGCCCCCGGUAGCUGUCCCCGUGAAAUGUUGUCUCAUCCACCCCAGCCUCCUGGCCAGUGCGUUUCAAAUGGACGGGGACAAACCGGACCCUCUGGACAGGGCUCUGAGGUGUGGGUGCUGUGGCCACCCCAUCAUUUUGAGCUGACCCAAGUGUUGAUGGAGUUGGGGAUGUGUUUUUAAUGGCUGGAGAUGCCUUAAAGAAGGGAUAUGAGCCCCACCUCAGGCUCAGGCUGUCUCCUGAACAAAGUGUCCUUGAUCUUUGCCACGGGGAGGGUCUGUGUACUGACAUCAUGUCUAAGAGAGAAGAGUAGACUAGGCAUGUGCCUUUUUUUUUUUUUUUUUUUUUUUAGAAAACACGCUCUGGUGUAGUGUACGUCUGGCACUUGCUCUGCCUCUCACUGAGGCCGUGCGAGCUGUGCCUGUGUUUCAUGGGAGAUCUUGUGUGGACCGGGUCACUGGAAACACCUGUGUCCUCUUACGAUCAACCCUGGUAGUCGGGUUUCCCGGAACCUGUGCCCUAGCCCUGGGGGUGACCUCCCCUGACGGCCGUUGGGGUGGCAUGGCCUUGUGAGUACAGCCUGUAAGAACCGAACUUUGUUCGGAGCCAUGAUACAGUAACCAGGAUGGCCUCGAAGUAGGAUCGAACCAUAGGACCGUUGGUGGAAGCAUCCUUGUGAAAGAAGAAACAAACACGGGAUUUUCACGCGGACAGAGUGCAUGCUCAGCCCUGCCUGUCACACUUUCAGAGACACGUUAAAAAGGACACGUGAAUUCGGGAGCACGCACGCAGCUUAACCACCCUUUGUUACUAAGUUAUUUUUCCAAGAGAAUAGCAGAAAUAUCAUUGCGUUGAAAAUAGAACUUUUCAAGUGCUUUUGAAAUUCAACAGAGAACUAGUCUCUGGUGCCCAGUUCAUUACCCUGGGAACAUUCUAACCUGUAUUGGGAAAAGACGGACUUCUAUUUUUUUAAAAGAACAAUAAAGUCAAGAGAAACUCAUUUUCCACUA